UAGGUAACUACAGCCUCAGAAAAAGCACCCACCCAGGAGUAACUGGAGAGAUCUAUGCAACUGGCAGCCUCCCAGUGAAGUGAAUUGUUUUGAGCCUGAGGCUCCAGCCAAUAUGAAAGUGCAUCUUCAAACCAUCAUCUGCGGGUGUGUUCUAGCCACAGUUCUACCGCUGGUGAAGGGCACAGUUCUACCGCUGGUGAAGGGCACAGUUCUACCGCUGGUGAAGGGCACAGUUCUACCGCUGGUGAAGGGCACAGUUCUACCGCUGGUGAAGGGCACAGUUCUACCGCUGGUGAAGGGCACAGUUCUACCGCUGGUCAAAGGCACCAAAGUUGACCUCAACUCCAACAUGAAAAAGAGAUUUAGAGUCUGGUUACAGAGCCGCACAAGAGAAGAUUUCUCUGCAGUGAACUCAGGGAUCCUCAGUGGACCAGGGCAGAGAGAGGAGACAGACCCCUCAGUAUUUCAUUCCAGGUCCAGAAGAUCCAUUGUGACCUCAGUGAAAAGACCAGGCUGUUCUCUGGGAACAUGCAGCCUGCAUGACCUGGCCCAUCGGCUACACAUCCUCAACAACAAGUUAAAAGUCAACAGAGCCCCGGAGGACAAGAUCAGCUCACAGGGUUACGGUCGCCGCCGCCGCAGGUCGCCACAGUCACUCCCACAGCGCUACGCAACGCUAAGUCUCCAAGCAGGCAGAGUGAGACUGAACUGCAGCAGAGAGUGCAGCCAAGGACUCCACCUACAGGCCAUCCCUCUCAGACAAACUUGAGACGGGCAGAGAACAGGAAGAGGAGUGUCGAUCUAGCGAAUAUCAAGCACUUUUUUUAAUGUUUGGGGCUGGCUGAGAUAUUACUGAGGUCCUAUUCCUGAGCAUUCCUUUCCUGCGUGUGGAAAAGGAUGGACAAGGUCAAUGGAGCAGGAAACAAUUUUCACGCCACUGGAUGGAAGAUAGAGGGGCGCAAGAAGGUGUGUGUGUGGGUGUGGGGUCUAAAAUAGGUGUGUGUGUGUGUGUGUGUGUGUGUGUGUGUGUGUGUGUGUGUGUAUUCCUGUUGCAGUGACUUCUGCACUCUCAGAGCUGUGGAACUUGACACACUUCUGUCUCUUUCCCAGCUCAGAAGACAUUCUCUCACCCCUGUGGCAGCAUAGAAAGAGUGGCUUGGUUGAACACUGUUGCUCCAAACCACACCACUGCACUAGGGCUAGGACUAGAGCUUAACCUCUAGACUAGAUUGGGGACUAGAGUUUAACCCUGAGACCAGACUGGGGCUUGGACUAGAGGUUAAUCCUUAAACUAGACCAGACUGGGACUAGAGGUUAAUCCCUAGACCAGAUUGGGGCUGGGACUAGUUGUUAAUCCUUAGACUAGGCUGGGACUAGAGCUUAACCCUUGGACUAGACUGGGGCUGGGACUAGAGCUUAACCCCUAGACCAGACUGGGACUAGAGCUUAACCCUUGGACUAGACUGGGGCUGGGACUAGAGCUUAACCCUUGGACUAGACUGGGGCUGGGACUAGAUCUUAACCCCUAGACCAGACUGGGACUAGAGCUUAACCCUUGGACUAGACUGGGGCUGGGACUAGAGCUUAACCCCUAGACCAGACUGGGGCUGGGACUAGAGCUUAACCCUUGGACUAGACUGGGGUUGGGACUAGAGUUUAACCCCUAGACUAGACUGGGGCUGGGACUAGAGUUUAACCCCUAGACCAGACUGGGGCUGGGACUAGAGCUUAACCCUUGGACUAGGCUGGGACUAGAGCUGGGCCAGGAGCCUAGCAGGAGACGAGGAGGACAUAUAACAUGCUCUUGACUGACUAAUUUCACACAUACCACCAAUAUCAGUUCAAAACAAUAUCAAUGGUGGUGAGAGACACUGUAACAUAAAUAUUUGGUCAAUGUAUUAUGUAUUGUGUACUCAUAAAGGAUUAUCUACUUGAACUUGAGUUUAUGUAUAUAGAGAUAAGUGCAAUGUAUAUACACAGCUAAUUGUUACCAAGUGUUGAUUUUUCAGUGUAACAUUUCUAGUGUUGAUUCAGGUGUUAACACUUACAGAGUGACUUUAACUUAAUUACCAGUGUUAAAACAAAACCACACCCUUCAUUAUCAUAUUUCCCAGCAUGCUCUAUUGCAGGAUGAAUUUUUUAGAAUUGUUUGUUUCAAUAUCUAUGUUUUUGCAUGUACAUUGAUUGAUUUAAUUCAUCUUAAGCUACUCAAAUAUACAUUUGUCUAAACUAAUCAAAUCUGUUACUUGGACUUUUUGUUCACCCAUUACUGAAAUGGUGGUUCCAGGUAAUAUGGUUUACGUCAGCGAUUUAAAACUAGGUUUGCCCAAGAGGCUGUAGUUGGUCUUCAACGGGGCCACUGAAAAUUGGUUCUAUCAGCAAAAAAUGUAUUAUCCCUUUUUUCAGGAUCCUGUCUGUCAAAGAUCAUUUGUAAAAAUCCAAAUAACUUCACAGAUCUUUAUUGUAAAGGGUUUAAACACUGUUUCCCAUGCUCGUUCAAUGAACCAUAAACAAGUAAUGAACAUGCACCUGUAGAACGGUCGUUAAGACACUAACAGCUUACAGACGGUAGGCAAUUAAGGUCGCAGUUAUGAAAACUUAGGACACUAAAGAAGCCUUUCUACUGACUCUGAAAAACACCAAAAUAAAUAUGUCCAGGGUCCCUGCUCAUCUGAGUGAACGUGCCUUAGGCAUGCUGCAAGGAGGCAUGAGGACUGCAGAUGUGGCCAGGGCAAUAAAUUGCAAUGUUUGUACUGUGAGACGGCUAAGACAGAUCUACAGGGAGACAGGACGGACAGUUGAUCGUCCUCGCAGUGGCAGACCAUAUGUAACAACACCUGCACAGGAUUGGUACAUCUGAACAUCACACCUGCGGGACAGGUACAGGAUGGCAACAACAACUGUCUGAGUUACACCAGGAACGCACAAUCCCUCCAUCAGUGCUCAGACUGUCCGCAAUAGGCUGAGAGAUGCUGGACUGAAGGCUUGUAGGCACAUCACCGGCACAAACCCACCAUCGCUGGACCACACAGGACUGGCAAAAAGUGCUCUCCUCUGAUGAGUCGCGGUUUUGUCUCACCAGGGGUGAUGGUCGGAUUCGCAUUUAUCAUCGAAGGAAUGAGCAUUACACCGAGGCCUGUACUCUGGAGCAGGAUCGAUUUGGAGGUGGAGGGUCCGUCAUGGUCUGGGGGCGGUGUGUCACAGCAUCAUCUGACUGAGCAUGUUGUCAUUGCAGGAAAUCUCAACACUGCGUUACAAGGAAGACAUCCUUCUCCCUCAUGUGGUACCCUUCCUGCAGGCUCAUCCUGACAUGACUCUCCACAGCAUGCCAAUGCCACCAACCAUACUGCUCGUUCUGUGCUUGAUUUCCUGCAAGACAGGAAUGUCAAUGUUCUGCCAUGGCUAGCAAAGAGCCAAGAUCUCAAUCCCAUUGAGCAUGUCUGGGACCUGUUGGAUCAGAGGGUGAGGGCUUGGGCCAUUCCCCCCAGAAAUGUCUGGGAAUUUGCAGGUGCCUUGGUGGAAGAGUGGGGUAAAAUCUCACAGCAAGAACUGGCAAUUCUGGUGUAGUCCAUGAGGAGGAGAUGCGCUGCAAGUAAUUAAUGCAGCUGGUGGCCACACCAGAUACUAACUGUUACUUUUGACCCCACCUUAGUUCAGGGACACAUUAUUCCAUUACUGUUACUCAGAUGUCUGUAGAACUUGUUCAGUUUAUGUCUCAGUUGUUGAAUCUUGUUAUGUUCAUACAAAUAUUUACACAUAAAAAUAAAUGCAGUUGACAGUGAGAGGAGUUUUUUAUACACAAAAGUAUGUGGCGCCCUUUCAAAUUAGUAGAUUAGCCUUUUCAGCCACACCCAUUGCUGACAGGUGUAUAAAAUCUAGCACAUUUCCAUGCAAUCUCCAUUGACAAAUAAUGGCAGUAGAAUGACCUUACUGAAGAGAUCAGUUACAUUCAACAUGUCACCGUCAUAGAAUGCCACAUUUACUACAAGUCAGUUCGUCAAAUGUAUGUCCUUCUAGAGCUGCCCUGGUCAACUGUAAGUGCUGUGAUUGUGAAGUGGAAACCUCUAGGAGCAACAACGGCUCAGCUGCGAAGCGGUAAGCCACACAAGCUCACAGAACGGGACUGUCGAGUGCUGAAGCGGGUAACGCGUAGAAAUCGUCGGUCCUCGGCUGCAACACUCACUACUGACUUCCAAACUGCCUCUGGAAGCAACGUCAGCACAAGAGCUGUUCGUUAGGAGCUUCAUGAAAUGGGUUUCCGUGGCCAAGCAGCCACAAACAAGCCAAAGAUCAGCAUGCGCAAUGCCAAGCGUUGGAUGGAGUGGUGUAAAGCUCUCCGCCAUUGGACUCUGGAGCAGUGGAAACACGUUCCCUGGAGGGAUCAAUCACGCUUCACCAUCUGGGAGUCCGACGGACGAAUCUGGAAUGAAACAUUUGACGAGCUGGUGUCCACAUACUUUUGGUCAUGUAGUGUAGCUGGCUAGCUCAUUUGGAAAAUUUCAGUUGAAACUUUACAGGGUGAGGUCUGGGUAUAUUUCAAUAAAUUUAUACAUAUAUAUGCAAUGUUCAUACAUCAUUACUAUCAAUAAAGUCAAGAAGUUUGUAUCAAUUUCCUGUUUGAUGUAUGACAUGAC